AUGGCACCUCAAGUCGAUCCCGAGCAAUGGGCAAAGGUCAGGGUACUCAUCUCAGGCGCAGGCAUUGGAGGUCUCACUCUGGCUCUCGCCCUGGAACAAGCGGGAUAUGAAUACGAGGUCUUUGAACGUGCAUCGAAGAUCAAACCCCUUGGUGCUGCUAUGAGCUUUAGCCACAACGUUGCUCCUGCCAUGAUUCAGCUGGGCAUCUACGAUGAGUUUCUACAAAUCUCGAAAACCUUGGAAUCCAUGGACCUUUUCCAGGAACGAAGCCAAGGAGCAACAACAACGCAGGAUACCCUUGACGACUCCCGACCUCAGGGUGAUGCAGCCAAUGGCGUGGUGCCACUGACAACGGUCCACUUUGCCCAGAUGGCUGCAAUGACUGGCUAUCCGAUCCGUAUAUUUUCAAGACCAAAGCUCUUUGACCUGCUCCUGUCUCGCCUCCCUGCCCACAAGAUUCAUCUUGGCAAAAAGAUUGUUGAUGUCACUCAGGACUCUGAGGAGGAUGGCGCGGGCGGCGUCACCAUUCAUUGUGCCGACGAGACGACGUACAGCGGCGACAUCUUGGUUGGAGCAGAUGGUGCGUACAGUGCUGUCCGACGGUCCAUCUACAAACAGGCGAACGCUGAUGAGAAACUGCCGGCGCAGGACCUCGAAAACUUGAACCUCGGAUAUGUGACCAUGGUGGGAACGACAGACCCGUUGGACCAGGAAGUGUUCCCCGAGGUCAAGGAAAAUACCUGUCUUCACUUUCGAACCGUGGGCGAGAAUAAACCGCAUACGUGGUCGACUUUCACAGUGCCAGACAAUCGCAUUGCCUGGUCCAUCAACGCCCAAGUGGACUCGUCUCAGGAUCCAACGGUUCUUCGAACAAGGGAAUGGGGUGACGAUUCGACGGAUGUUAUGAUCGAAGGCGUCAGGACGUUUCCAAUUCCAGCUGGAAGUGAAGGUCUUGGCGGCAACAAAACUAUAGGCGAUUUGAUUGACAAGACUCCGAGGGACAACAUCUCCAAGGUGUUCUUGGAAGAAAAGCUGUUCGAGACAUGGUCCUAUGGGCGUGUUGUCCUCGUUGGAGAUGGUAGGACAGACACUUCUACAGGACAAGGUGCUGUGAAUGCCUUUGAGGACGCCGUGAUUCUCGCCAAUUGCAUCUAUGACCUGCGCUCGACCUCUAGGACUGAUGUCCAGUCUGCAUUCCAGGAUUACCGCGACCAGCGAUAUCCGCAUGCAAAGUUUCAAUACCAAAGCAGCAAAUCUGUUGCCAAGGUCAUCCAAGGCCAGACUUGGUUUGAGAGUCUUUGGCGCAAGUUUACGCUUACGUUCUUCUCGAAGCGUUUUGAGAAGGAACAGAACACAAGGGGACUUGACUACAUGCCACAGAUUGCGUUCCUCCCUCAGGUUCCUGCCAGGGGAACUGUACCCCUUCUUCCGCAGGUGCCAUCCAAGCGGGUUCUUGCAGACGCGGGCCGCAAAUAA